UUCUCAAACCAACCCAUAUUUUCAGAGAAAGAGAGAGAUGAGGAAGGUAGCUAUAAUUGUAAUGCUCUUAUGUUCAAUAGCCAUAGCCAUGCCUGUGGUUCAUGGCAUUGCCCAAGGCCCCAAAGCAGUGGAUGAUUGGUUCCAAAAGCUCAGUUUCAAAAAGGAGAAGCUCACAAAGCUUAACUUCUACUUACACGACACACUCAGUGGCAAGAACCCAACUGCUAUCAAGGUAGCCCAAGCCAACAUGACUUUCAAAUCUCCAACCCUUUUUGGCCUAAUCAACAUGAUUGAUGACCCUUUGACUGUGGGUCCAGAACCCAACUCCACUGAGGUGGGUCGAGCCCAGGGGUUCUAUGGCUCGGCCGGGUUGGACAAGUUGGGUCUGAUCAUGACCAUGAACCUUUACUUCACCACUGGAAAAUAUAAUGGUAGCACUUUAAGUGUUGUGGGUCGAAAUUCAGUUAUGGAGUUGUACCGCGAAAUGCCAAUUAUCGGUGGGUCUGGUGUCUUCCGACUGGCACGUGGAAUUGUUACUGCAAAGACAUAUUUCUUGAAUACAACCACGGGUGAUGCUGUUGUGGAGUACAAUGUUGAUGUCCUUCAUUAUUGAGAAUUUUUUUUUUUUUUUCCUUACAAUAAUGCUAGGACCAAGAACUUGGACGCAAAAAUUAUUUAAAAAAAAACAGUGUGAUCCAAAUUCGACUAUGUAGAUCUCAUAUUUAGAAUGAGUUUAUAUCGUACGCUGUUUUUCUUGAUAUUUUUUUUGUAUCUAAGUUCUUAAUAUUAUUAUUUUUCUUUUUGAUUGUUAUUUUUAUUUAAUCUUAGAUAUUUUUGUAUUAUUUGCGAGGAUGUGGUAUGGCAUCUUUUUUUG